CAAGUGGCGUCUUGAAAGGAUUCGACCCUCUUCUGAACCUUGUGCUCGAUGGUACCAUUGAGUAUAUGCGAGAUCCAGAUGAUCAGUACAAAUUGACGGAAGACACGCGUCAGCUGGGACUUGUGGUCUGCAGAGGGACUUCUGUGGUUCUUAUUUGCCCACAGGAUGGAAUGGAAGCCAUUCCAAAUCCUUUCAUUCAGCAGCAGGAUGGUUAAUGCUUGCUUUGGAUCGUCUCUGAGGACUUCAAGGGUGCAGAUCAUCGGAGAAAACUGUCAGUGUGUGAGAAGCUUCCUGGUUUGGGGGAGGAGUCUGAAUGUGUAUUUGUUAGUGUGAAAGA